AUGCCUAACUAUGCUAAGUUUAUGAAAGAUUUAUUGUCUAGAAAGAAUAAGUUACAAAAAUUUGAGACGGUAGCUCUCACGGAGGAGUGCAAUGCUAUUAUUCAGAAAAAGUUCCCACUUGAGCUCAGAGCUUCAGGGAAUUUCAACAUCCCAAUUGCGAUAGGCAACAUUAAUGUUGGUUGGGCAUUGUACGAUCUUGGAGCAAGCAUCAACCUCAUGCCAUUGUCAGUGAUGAAGUCAUUGGGAAUUUCUGAAUUGAAGCUCACUAUGGUCUCUUUACAACUUGUUGAUCGGUCUUUGAGAAGACCAAAUGGAUUUUUUGAAGGCGUUCUUGUCAAAGUUGACAAGUUCAUCUUCCCUGCAAACUUCGUGGUCUUAGACAUGGAGGAAGAAGGAGAUAUGCCCCUUCUCUUGGGUCAGCCAUUCUUAGCCAUAACUAGAGCUAUGAUAGAUGUGGAGCAAGGAAAAUUAUAG